AUGGCCGGUGUUACAUCCGACAACAUGAACAAGAUCCAAAGGGAAGAUACGAGCUCGACUCUACAAGCGGCAUGGCCUCCUGUCGUGUCUGCAAAUCAGCUCCCGUUCGCUAUCUCGAAGCCGAACUCUCCUCGCUCGCUCAUAGACCCGCUUGCGCAAGAUCUGGAUUAUCGAUCGAGGAGAUAUCUGAACUAUUUUGCAAGCGAUGUCUGUAGGAACUUUGUUCUCUAUGAUACCCCCAAUGAUAAUCCAUUCCGCGACCUCAUUGCGAUGGCGUACCAGCAGCCCAUAUUGUUGCAGGCGAUUAUCGCCAGUGCAGCUUUGCACAUGUCAAACGCCUAUCAACAGUCAUCAAGUUCUCUGAGCAUCUUAACGACGAGGGCUUCGACUCAGGGCAGCACCAGCUUAGCGAGCUCUCUAUCGAUUGGACCGUACACGACAUCUCAUCCGGAGACUUUCCAUGAUGCACUCAGAGCCAAGCAGCGGGCACUUUGCCUGCUGAAGUCUGCUCUCGAGAACACGGCUUCCGUAGAUGUUGAUGUGACUCUCGCAGUGGUACUUCUCCUCAUUGGGUUCGAGCUCAUUGACUCUGGGCGGAGCCCCUGGGUAUUCCACAUCAAUGGUGCCAGAACGAUCAUUGAGAAGCUGAUCGCAUUCGGUCCAGAGAAAGCGACUGCUUUGAGCCCGCUACGCAGCUGGUUGGUGUCAAACUGUUUGGUGUAA